CCCUCACUUAUUACAAAUUCAACUGCAUAUAUAUUUUUUAACUAAAAUUAAAACUACAACUACAACACCAGCAACUAUUAUUAUUAAAACCAUGGCCAUUUGCGAACACGCGCUCAACUCUCGGCUGACGCCGCCCUCAUCAUCAACGCCGGUGUACAAGGAGGAGUGCACGCAGUGCUUCGACAACCAAGACAUGGAGGGCGGCAUCGAGGUUUGCCUGUCAUGCUUUAACGGUGGGUGCCCCGAGGGUCCGCACAACCACGCGCAGCAGCAUUCGAUGAGAACCGGGCACUACCUGACACUAAACAUCCGCCGGGUUGCUAAGGCCCAGAGCGAAGACGACCAACGCCCGGCAAAGCAGACCAAGCUGGAGAUUCGCGAGGAGGGCGACAUUAAGAAGCAUGAAUACCAGACGUAUGUGCGCUGCUGGGGAUGCUCGGGCGCUCGGGUCGAGGGAGGGCUAGAGCAUAUUGAGCCGACGGUGCAGGCGGUCAUAUACGCAGUUGAGGCCAGCAAGGGAAAUGAGAUCAAGGCGUGGUCCGAGGAAGUCACAGCAUGUGAGCAUUUUAACGCGCUAGAUCAAAGUCCCGCGGAGGGAUUUGGACUGGAUAAGCUGCAUCGGUGUGGCUCUUGCGAUAAGCACGAGAACCUGUGGCUGUGCCUGGUGUGUGGCCAUGUUGGCUGUGGGCGGCGGCAGUAUGAUGGCAGCGGUGGCAACAACCAUGCAAUUGACCACUUUGAGAGAACCGGACACAAGGUGUCGAUCAAGCUAGGCACUAUUACGCCAGAGGGCACGGCUGACGCGUACUGCUACUCGUGCGACGACAACAAGAUGGAUCCAAGCCUGUCCACCCAUCUGCACGCAUUUGGAAUCAACGUCAGCGCCCAGCAAAAGACUGAGAAGAGCGUAGCUGAGCUGCAGCUUGAACAAAACCUUAAGUUUGAUUUCAACAUGACCACCGCCGAUGGCACACAGCUGCAGCCUGUUGCGGGGCCCGGUCUGACCGGUCUGCGCAACCUGGGCAACUCGUGCUACAUGGCGUCAGUUCUGCAGUGUGUCUUUGGCAUUGACCGCUUCCGCGACCGCUAUUUCCCGACUGCUGCCGAGCAUUUUGCCAUGUGCACGCAAGCAUGCCCCGCGCAGUGCGUCCUGUGUCAGCUGCACAAGCUGGCUGACGGUCUGUGGAGCGGGCGGUACGCCAUUCUUGAGACAAACAGCGAGGGGCAGACCGGUCACCAGCGCGGUAUACCACCAGCGCAGUUUAAGGCGGCCAUUGCCAAGGACCACUACGAGUUUAGCACGAUGCGCCAGCAGGACGCGUUCGAAUUUUUGCAGCACUUGACCAAGCAGGUCGGCAUCGUCGAGCGCACAGUGGCUGGCGGCGCCAGGGACCCAACCAAGGUGUUUGACUUCAGCACUGAGGAGCGCUUGCAGUGCACUGGCUGCCAAAAAGUGCGCUACAAGGUGCAGCGCGCCAGCUCGGUGUCGCUGCCUGCCAUCAAACGCACUGCUCCCGUUGAAGCGACUAAGUCAGGUAAUAAGGAGGAAUCUCACGAACUGGCGAAGCCAAAGCUGGCGCCCGUCACGCUCAAGGAGUGCCUGGACUUGAUGAGUGCCACCGAGACCGUGGACGGCUACAACUGCCCGCACUGCCAGCGCGCCACGACGGCAAUCAAGUCUACGCGGUUUGCAACCUUUCCCAAGGUUAUGGCGAUGCAGGUCAGGCGGUUUGAGCUUGUCAACUGGGUGCCGGAAAAGCUCGACAUACCAGUUCAGGUGCCCCUCGACCAGAUUGACCUUGAUUCGUACCGCGGCCGCGGAAUUCAGCCUGGAGAGGAGCCACUUCCCGAGACAGACGAGUCUGCCCAGGAUGCAACUUCUGGUAUCGCUGCGCAGCCCGAGGAGGUAGCUGUCAACGAGGAGACUGUCAGUCAGCUCGAGUCGAUGGGUUUCCCACGUGUGCGGUGCGUCAAGGCAGUCAAGAAAACUGGAAACUGCGGUGCCGAGGCCGCGAUGAAUUGGAUAUUUGAGCACAUGGACGACGCUGACAUUGACGUUCCCGAGGAGAGUUCUGCGCAGCCCAAUGCCGCUUCCGCCGUCACUGUGGAUCCCGAGGCCGUCGAGCAGCUGAUGGCCAUGGGCUUUAGCAAGGAGCGCGUCGAGAAGGAGCUUACCAAUGCCGGCGGCGAUCCCAACCGCGCUCUCGACCGCCUGCUGAAUUUCCCUGAUGACGAGCAGCCCAUUAGUACUGGUGAUGUCACCAUGGCCAGCCCAAGCGUCACUGGUGGCGGCAGUGAUGAUAGUGAGAGCGCCAGUGUCUUUGAGCUGACUGGAUUUGUUUCACACAAGGGAUCGUCGGUGCACUGCGGUCAUUAUAUCGCCAAUGUGCGCCAGGGCCAGGGCACCGACACGCAGUGGUUCCUGUUCAACGACUCCAAGGUUGUCGCGCAAAGCGAUCCUGAGCCCGAGCAGGCAUAUAUUUUUUUCUUCACUCGAAAUGACUAGAAAAUCAUAGCACAUUCCAAUUGAAUUAUUUUUCCCCCAAUAUUUCACAUUUAUUUGA